AUGUGCUCUCCAGUCCGCUCCUCGCCCCGUCCCAUCGAGAACUUGACACCCCUCAACCUCGACACCUGCUCCCCUCCCUCCCUUCCUGCUUGCCCCUUCGUCCCUCGAUAUGAUGGCUCGUCCGACAAGCCCGAACCUGACGCCGAGCCUAACGCCGAGCCUUUCUCAAAGCGGCGCCGCCUCGAAGAGCCUUCUAUGAUGCUUCCGGACCUGGAAGCGGACUGCAGCUCUGACGUCAGCACUUCAUCCGCAGAGCACGCAACGCAAGAGACGCUACAACCAACGCUACAGCCGCAACAACAGCAGCACCAGCAGCAGCAGCAGCAGCAGCAGCAGCAGCAGCAGCAGCGGAGGCCGGCGUCCCUGUCGGAUUUGAGCGAGGAUCUUCUAUUGAAGGUGCUUCAAUCGGGGCAUCCGACGGCGUGGGAUUUGUGCCGGCUCUCGUGCGUGAACCGGCAGUGGAAGCAGCUGUGCUACAGCCGCGUGUUCUGGACCAAGCUCCGCAUCGGCCCGGGCAGCAUGCAUCCAGGUGUGGAGCUUCUCGCGGCGCGCUGCGCGAACCUGACGGACCUCUACGUGGACGACCCGCGGUGCGAGCUGCACAUCCUGCACCCCAUCAUCGUCGCAUGCAGCGACUCGCUGCGACGCAUCGCCGUGUACCUGAUGGUGAUUGGCUGGCGAAACCUGUCGUGUCUGCGCAUCCACAUGGGGGCUUUAGAGGUCGAAGACCUAUUGGCGCUGCGCAAGUGCACGUCUUUAAGAGUCCUGGAAUUAGUAGGAGGCUCUAUUCACACCCUACCCGCCGCUCUCGGCGCUCUUCCCUCGUCAGCCGCCGCGCCCGCAUCCACUUUCCCCUGGCUCGGCACGAGCCGACUCGCCGUAGGCUCGGGAACAGGUUCGGGGACAGGCUCGGGGACAGGUUCGGCAGCGCCGGACGCGUUUCACCCGGAGCUGGAGGUGCUGAUUCUGACGGACGUGGACUUUGACGCGGCGGUAGUGGCGACUAUCGCGCUCCGGAGACUGACUGGGCGCAUGGCAGUAGCAGCUGCGAUUGGUGGCACUGCAGGCGGCGUGUUUGGAAGGCCUGUGCUUGCCAGCGCUGCUGUUCAGUCUGCUGCCGUGCCUGCUGCUGUGCCUGCUGCCGUGCCUGCUGCCGCGCCUGCUGCCGUGCCUGCUGCCGUGCCUGCUGCCGUGCCUGCUGCUAUGCCUGGUGGUGCCGCUGGUGUUGUGAAUGACGGUGCUGCGGGUGGGGCGUUAUUUCCACCUGUCAACAUGACAGUCCGUGCAGCGACGUGGGGUGUGGGUGCAGCACCUCUGGGUGCACCACCUGUAGCAGCAGGAGCAGCAGCUGUAGCAGCAGCAGGGGCAACACUACCCCCAGUAGCGCCAGGAAUAGCAGGGAACCCACCUCAACCACCUGUUGCUGCUGCUGCAGGGAUGGGUAUGGGUGCUGGUGUGGCUGUAGGGGCAACUGCAGGGAUGGGAGUGGGUGGAGGGGGUGGGCUGGUGGGGGUGAAUCUGUGUGUGAAGGCCAAGGUGCUGGCCCUCAGGCAGAUGCUUGCCAUGGCAGGACGGCUAGACAUGGUCACGAAAUGA